AUGUCGUUGGUAAGCAUUGAUGUAAUGCUCAGCCUAUUUUGGGAGAAUAAUCUAAAAAGGGCUCCCCGUGAGUUUUGCUAUUUCCAGGCUUUGUUGUUACAAUAUGCAUGCUAUUUAACGAUGGCGUGCGCGUUAUGUUUCGCCAUACAAACAUAUCGAUUGCUUGUGCUCUACAAACAAGAGACCUCACCAUUCUUGAAAAAAUUAUAUUACGGGUUUAUAAUUAUCUAUCCUAUAGUCAUCACCAUUAUCUUGGCCGUACCUUCAAUUCGUUUUAAUGCCAUUAAACCGAGAGUCAUGAACUGUGAUGUGGUAGACACCCCCGUCAGGCUAAUAGGUUAUUCCGGCACUAAUCUAAUUCUCAGUUUACCCGGGACUUUUAUAAGUGCACGCGCCGCUUAUUCGGUGUACAAGCACUUGGAUCAAUUCAAAACCACUCUCGGCACUCGAGACUUGAGUAUGGCGAACAGUCACUUGGGAUCGGAAUCAUCGGAAGAAAUGGGAAUCAUGUCAGAAUCCCGGAGUGACUCACCCUCUGCGCAAGAAGAUCCAAACAUGAAAUCAUUACAACCUCAUAACGUCACCCCUAAAAAUCGUCCUCAUCCUCACCCCAACGCCACGUCCCGAUCUCUCAGCCAAUCUACGCGCGCAAAAAAGGGAAUAAAUGUGGAACAUAGUAGGUCAUAUAAUGUAACACGCAGGGCCGCGAUUCGCAUGGUAGGCUUCUCGCUGGCCUUCGCCCUCAUCAAUAUCACGGCCAGCAUUGGAGUUAUUUUAAGAGUUAUUGCCAAUAAACCAAACGAUACAGACUUGGCAUCUAACGACUGGGUCGGUGGGUUACUUGGUAUCAUAGUUUAUCUUGUUUUCGGUCUGCCCGAUAGCGUAUUUAGGGUUCAAAACAUAUAA